AUGGCCGUGGGGGCUGCCGCGCAGGUGCCAGUGAGGUGUGAGGAGACAGCUCUCCAGGUGGGCCCGGAGCGGUGGAAGGAGCGGCCUGUCCCAGAGGAAGACAUGCGGGAGAACUUUGGCUCCAUGGUUGCGCUUGGACCCGCUCCUGCCAAGCCUGAGAUCAUUGCCCAGGCUGAGGAAGGUGGUCCGGCUCCGGCCAAAGCUCAUGGGGGAACUGAGGCCAGAGAUCCUUCUGGGGGCCACCACCAUGCAGGGCCUUUCCCCCUGGAAACGGAGGGCCCCACCAGGAGGAGCGAGCAGCAGCUUGGGGAGCCGCCGAGGGGGGCAGGAGAUGCCAAAGGCCCGGAGAGGAAUUGCCCAGGUGAGUGGCUGAUCCGGACGGUGAAGGUCGAAGCUGAAGACUACUCGGAGUGGCCGGCCGGGCUGAGCGCAGAGGUGCUGCUAUCGGGGCUGCCUGUAGGGGGCGUCUGCAAGUCGGAGGGCCUGCAUGCCGGGGAAGGGUACGGUGCCCACGGAGGGCUGGGCGAGCUCUCGGGCCUGGCGCUGCAGCAGUGGCAGAUGUUGAACGAGGAGAAGCCGCUGGGCUGUCCCCGGUGUGAGCAUCCCGGAGCCCCACUGGAGGGGGGCCACGGAGACCCCCGCCCACGCCCCUUUGCUUGCUCUCAGUGCGGCAAGGCCUUUGGGAAGAAGGCCCACCUGACCCGGCACGCCCGGGUGCACACUGGAGAGCGCCCAUUUGCCUGCACCCACUGCGGCCGCCGCUUCUCCCAGAAGAUCCACCUGGGCUCCCACGAGCGCGUGCACACGGGGGAGAGGCCCUUCCCCUGCGACCGCUGCCCCAAGACCUUCCGCAAGAAGACCCACCUGGUGCGCCACCAGCUGACCCACACCGGGGAGCGCCCCCACGCCUGCCCCCUCUGCUCCCGGAGCUUUGUGCAUCGCCGGCACCUCUUGCGGCACCAGCAGCUCCACGAGGGAGGGAACGCAGCCUGCAGGGACCACGCGGAGCCGGGGCAGAGGCCAGAGCCCUACGGCCACGAACUUCAGCCUGGGCAGGACACAGAGCCCCACAGGGAGCAAACGGGACUUGGCCAGCCCCCAGCCCCUUUCCCAGAACUAGGCCAGACUGUUGCCCCCUGCAGGGACCAGCGGGAACUGGGGCAAGCGGCCCCGCCGUACAGGGAAGAGGCAGACCCGGGGCAGGUUCUCGCCUCCUGCAUGGGACCGCCAGAACCGUUUAUGGGUCCGGCCCUUUUUAAAGUUCCGACUGAACAAGAACUGGGCCGAGUCCCUUGCAUGGGCCUCCCCCGGCAGAGAGAGACCCUGGCUGCUGGCCUAGUGUGUCCUGAGCAGGGGCCCCGGGGCACGCCGUGUGGGGUGCCGGGGGAGGCCGGGAACAGCACGCUUUGCAUGGAACAGGUUAGCAAGACAGAACCGGAGGAGGCGGAGGAGGAGGCCGGCUCCUGCCCGUUGCCCGAAGAGAAGCCCUUCCUGUGCUCCGACUGCGGGAAGGCCUUUGCCUGGAGGAAGAAUCUGGCCUCCCACCAGCGGCUCCACGCUGAGGGCGGGCGCCCUUUUUCUUGCGCCGAGUGCGGGAGGGGCUUCAGCGAUAAGCGCCACCUGACAGCGCACCUGCGAGGGCACAUGGGCCUUCUGCCGUAUGCUUGCCCACACUGCGAAAGAAGCUUUGCCCAUCGGGCUGGCUUGGCUGCCCACCAGUGCGGUGGCCACGCUGGGCAGCGCCCCUUUGCCUGUGGCGAGUGCGGACGGUGCUUUGCCCACAAGCGACACCUGCAGAGACAUCGGCGCAACCAGCACUCGGCCGAGCGGCCAUUCUCUUGCGCUCAGUGCGGCCGCACCUUUAGCACUCGGGCCAGCUUGCUGGCGCACAUCAAAUCCCACGCUGGACAGCGUCCCUUUGCCUGCCCGCUGUGUGGCCGGGCGUUCAGCCGGAAGUCCCACCUGGCCCGGCACGAAGCUGUGCACACGGGCCUUCGUCCUCACGCCUGCGCCCAGUGCCCACGCCGCUUCAGCUCCAAGACCAAUUUGGUGCGGCACCAAGCAGUGCACACUGGCCUGCGCCCGUACAUCUGCACCCACUGUGCCCGCAGCUUCAGCCGCAAGACGCACCUCCUGCGCCACGAGCGCACUCACACCAGCGCCCCCGUGGCCUGUGCUCCCGCGUGGCCCCCUCCCCUGCCCCAGAUGGCUUUGCCUCAGCAGCACCCCCCGCCAGAGCAGCAGCCGCUCCUUCUCCCCAUCGCUUUUGAGGCAGCCUGGCAGUGA